AUGACUCCUAACGAUUCUGCAAGCCGAGGUUUUACUUUUGAAAUUCUUCCCAAUGAGAUUGUGCAACAAAUACUCUACUUCAGUUCUCCGCACGAUACUCUCUCGAAUAUCCAACUGGUUUCAAAGCGAUUCAAUCGCUUGGGGAAUGAGCCAUUACUUUGGCGAUACCACUGUCGCGUACACUUCAAGUACUGGGAUGCGAGACAUGCCGUUCUUCAUAAGUUUGCCGGUAUUGUAGGAGAUGUGAAUUGGAAAGGUUUAUAUAUCCAUCGGGAAAACGUAGAUACAAGAACGACAGCCGCUUUGAAUGGUCUUCUCGAGAGUCGAGCUAAUCGUAUUGUGAACUUCGAAGAAAUUGGACGUUUUGGAUAUGACGCAAAAGAUGCACUUUUGCGACACAGUCGCAUGCGUGGCGAUGAUUAUCUUGCUAGAAAGUACUAUGCUUGUGCAGUGCUUGACUUCAUUCAUCGCUCAAAAGCUCUCGCAGUAUGGUCGAAGCUUGCUAGGGGCGAGGAGGUAUCCCUGGAAGCAGCACUGGGAGCUUACGAUAUGUUUGUUCUACAUGACAACAUCGGGGAUUUUCAGGAGGUUUCCGAUAUUCUUGACAACCUUGCCACUUGGGUUCGAACUGACUACCCAAAAUUCGAUUGCAUGUCUACUCGACAACAAGCCCUCGCAGUCGUUACGUUUCUGCGCGACCGUAACCUUUUAGGUCUCAACAAUGAACUCAACUAUCGCAAUUUACAAAAUAACUAUAUUAGUCUAGCACUGCAGGAGCCAGAGCAUCCUUCGUUGCCACUGGUGUCUGUCGCAAUAUUUUGUGCGGUAGCUCGAAGAACUGGACUCGAUGCUAGGGUCUGCGGUAUGCCGAGUCACGUAUAUGCUAUGGUUCUCCCGAAGCCUUCUAUAGACCUCGAUGACAAGCCACUCAAACAGAAGGACAGCGCCGUGGAACCCAUGUAUUUAGAUCCAUUCCGAUCAGCAUCAGAAAUCCCUUUGGAAAAUCUUCAGCGAUUGUGGACGGCUUGGGGUGUCCGAGGAGUAUCAUUCUCCGAAUUCGUCGCGGAAUCUUCUGCUACCAACAAUAUUGUACUCCGCACGACUAGAAAUAUAGUUACAACCAUUCGAGAGUUUCCCUAUAUACGAAGUCGUCCCGCACAAGACCCAUCCCUCGUGACUACUAGAUUACAGAGUGUGCCAUUAUUGGAAAUGGAUCAUGCAAUAUACUCAGUCACCUGGGCAAGCUUUCUUUUGAACCCAACCCCAAUACCUCCUGGUCAUAACCAGCAUCAAUUAGUACCCAUGCUGAUGGCUAAAUUCGAGAAAUCCUUCCCGGAGGACGUCGGCCUUAUCGAAAAGUAUAUCCUUUCAUCAUACAAUAGUUCAAGUAACGAGUACUCCCAACUAGUCGAGGAACUGAGAGUAAUUCGCACGGUAGACUCGACUCCGAGGCAAGUACGGACUCGCAACAAAUCUAAUAGAACGGAUCGGGUAAAAUUCAAGAUUGGGCAAGUAUUUCGCCACCAAAGAUACGGUUAUACAGGAGCGAUAAUUGGCUGGGAUGUUGGAUGUCACAUGGGCUCCAAUUGGAUAGCGCAGCACCAGAUCGAUUCUUACCCAGGAGGUAGGAACCAAAGCUUCUAUCAUGUACUCGUAGAAGAUGCUAGCUUACGUUAUGUGGCUGAGGACAACAUAGAGAUUGUUGCUCAGCCGGACUUGACGUCGUUGAUGAUAGUGGCGGGACAAUACUUCAAGCGAUAUGAUCAGGAAAAAUGUCAGUUUAUUGCGAAUUUCAGGAACGAAUAUCCUGAUGACUAG